AUGCACUCCAUACGGCAGAAAUGCCGCCCAAAGCAUCAAGUACUCGUGCUGAAGUGCUAUCCGAGAACCACAAAAGGCGCUGUUGAUGUUAAGCCAAACUCCAGCGAGCUGAGCUACCUCCUAUAUUAUGCGACCACCCGCCGAAGUAAGGUCCAGAAGGUUUGCGGGUUUUUGGAGAAGAAGACUGCCAGCGACGUCUGGCGGGCCCGGAUAGGGUAUGUCAGAAUAUACGCCCACGAUCCUCUUAAUAAAUUAGCUGAGCUUUUGCUAACGGCACCGUCUCUAUUUGCCAGAAAUGUUCAGGUUACCCUCCAAAUUCUGGCCGCGUUGGUUGAGAAAGCUCCCCGAGACCUUCCUCUAUACGCGCCAUAUGUCCUCAAAAUCCUCAGCAUCAUACUACGGUCGCGCGAUAUUACGAUGGUCGAAUCCUCCAUCCCAACGUUCGAAGCGUUCUGUGGAAAUCAUGAUGGAGCGACUUUAUCAGCCGAUCAAGAAUACCUCCGCCAGUAUGAGGAAAUAGUUCGGAUAUACGCGUCGUUUGCGGUGACAACACCACCACCAACGAAACCCCCCACAAGUGCCCCGGUGGCCAUGCGAUGGAGAAAUGCGGGAUUGCAAGCCAUUAAAAGCGUGGCAUCAUCCGAAGCUUUGGCCUCUCUCGCCGGGAAGCAGUUGGAUGUCGUAGUGCCAAUACUGUUGGAAAACCUAUGGGCAGAAGACGAGCAGUUUCUGGAGAUAAUUGAACAGAGAGCGCAACAAGGGGUGAAGGUAGACGCCGAGAAACCCAUGAGACGGCGCACCAGUGUAGCGACUGUAAGAACUGUUGAGACAACUAGCGAUGCGGCUGCCGCAGCUCUCUCCGCGACUGCGGCCGAUGCAGAUAAGCUUGCUGAAGAGAAUAUCGCGGUUUUGGCAAUGCAGUGUUUGCAACAAAUAUUUGUGGUGCCUAACAGGAUCCAGAUUCAUGGGGCAACUACUGCCACUCUGGAAUUCAUUUCCGGCCGGGUCACGCAGCGAGACUCUCUCGUCGAGGAAAAGGAGAGCACCAAAGCAGAUCAAUAUACGGGUUGGGCCUCGAAGAUAUUUGAACUGAUAGCUCGAUGGACACCUGUCCAGGAUCGCUAUGUCAUCUUGGUCACAACCAUGGAAAUUCUGGUCCAGAGCCCGGUGAUCGAAGACAAUCUGCAAGAACAGUUGGUUCUGGCUACAAUGGUGGAUUCAUUACUGAAAUCCGACAUAAAUAUGAUUGGGUUGAGCGUAAUGGAUGUUUUACUAGGCUUAAUACACCACGUAGUAAAAUUGCUCCAGCUGAGUGGGACGGCACUCCCAGGACAACAAAUGACAGGGUCUGGUGUGGCCAAGGACGACUCGAAAUCUCCAUCGCGGCCGACUGGUGACGCUGGUAACGCAGUGGAGGCUCCUGUGCCAAGCGUGUUAAGACGCAACCUCUUGAAUCGACUCCAGGAGUGCGUGGGCGAUCUCGCCACUCAUAUAUACUAUGCAGACCAAAUAUCGGACAUGGUUUCCACGCUUCUGAUGAGGUUGAAGCCAUCACCGCCAUCUCAUGCUGCUACGAUCGCUUCCAUUGAGAACCCUCCCACGGCACCAGCUGGACUCACGUCCGUUAUCGACUUGCCAGAGGAUCAAAAGACUGAUGGAUUUUUUUUAUUUGGCACCGCUAAAGUUAAAGCUCUGGAAGCGAUCAAGCUUAUUCUUCAUGUUGCAAGUCAUCGCAAUAAUAUUAUUGGGGGCGCUGGGCUCGGGAGGAAUCGUGUCCCAGUCGGUGUAUGGGAAGGUACCCAGUGGCUCCUUCGAGAUAGCGAUGGACGAGUCAGAAAAGCUUAUGUUGAUGUACUUUUGGCAUGGCUGGAGACAGAGGUUCCACCGUCGGGCCUUCGCGUAUUUGAGGAGAAACCGAAGAAUUCGGCGCGGCCUGUCCGUAAUGAUUCCUCGUCGAAUCUUACGAAGCGCGCAGUGUCCAACGCAUCCCAGAAAGAAAAAUCUACCAAGCCGUCAAGGACAACGUUUCUGCAAUUAUUGCAUUUGGCUAUUUACGAAAAUGCCCUACAAUACGUCGAUAGCGAAGCAGACAUCCUGCUCUUACAUCUUCUACUUACCAAGCUCGUGGAUAACCUAGGAGUUAAUGCUGUCAAGAGUGGACUACCUAUGGUUUUCCGCCUGCAGGAAGAUAUCCUAGAAGCCGAAACUCCUUUGGCCAAGGUUCGCAUCGGAAGUUUAUGUCAUGGGUAUUUCUGGGCUAUUAGUGAGAAGUUUGACAUUGAAUCAUCGCCUGUGGGGAGAGCGAUAGAUAACGAAAUCCAACGGCGGCGAAGCAAGAAGUUCUGGGUUGAGCGGACUCGUUUCCCACCAGUUGCCCUUGAUAACAUAGGUACCCCAGGCACAAAUUCUCCUCAGCAAGCUCCAGUCUCGGAAGAGGAAUUGGAAUCGGAGGAGCUGAUUCCUUUUGACGAACGUUUCCAAAUGGUGAAGCUUAUCUCGCUGUCUUACGCUGAGUCUAUGGCCCCACCACCUAUGAGUGCCCCCACAUCUCCGAAUCGAAGCUUUUCGCAACCAAUUCUAAGCACAGUCGCUUCUACUAGCGAGGAGGUGCCCGAGAAAGUGAAGGAUGAAAUGAUGUCCGGCUGGAGCAGAGAGGCAGUUAUUGCCACUGCCCAGGAAGGAAGCAAGUCUGCGUCGCUCAAUGGAUCCAGGUCCGGUACAGCUCAUCGCAGCUUCCUUGCGGUCAACGGCAACUUAAACACUGGGGGAACGAACAGCCGUACGCAUUCUCCUCCUGGAGGACCUCAGAAUCACCUUUCAGCGCGAAAUAAACCCGAAUCAUCGUAUGGUCUAGUGCGUGGACUUGGGGCCCUCCAAAAGCUUAGGAAAGGCGACAACCACUCACCAUCACCCGCAACCGACUCCAGUCGAAACUCCGUCACCCGAGUAGACCAGUUGAAAAUGGUCCUCUCCCGGGCUCCAGGGAGCACUCCGGUCACUCGAGCCGGCAUUGCACACAGCGAUUCAAGCAGCGAGAGCAUGGUCAGCUAUGACUUUACUGCUUCAGAACUCUCGUUCAACCCACCCCAGCAGGACGGCCCACGUAUAGAGCGAUCCGUCUCUCUACGGGAGCGUAAUGGCAGAGCACGAUCUAAAUCUCGCGACCGUAUCGCGUCAGGAGAUCAUCGUCCCUUGACUUCUCAUCCGAUGCUGGGUAGAGGGGACCCUGACGCCCAAGAUUUUGCUACAAUUCCACCCGUCCCCCCACUCCCGCAAUCUCUAAUGGGAGACGGUGCAUCCGCGCGCAGAAGCCGGAGCUUAAACCAGUCUGCGAGGGGGAAAGAGCUAGGUUACACAGGCGGAUGGGCAGAGGAUAGUCCAGUAGCGGAUUUGGAGAGUCUGCUUAAGGGGAUUGACACUGCUGGGAAUAAGAAAGGACAUGUGGCGAUAAAACCUCCUUAUUGA